AUGCUUAAUCUGGCAAAAAAUGCAUCAGUGUUUAGCUUGUAUCCUCCCAGACAGCUGUUGAAGCAACGAGUCAUCGCUACCGUGGCUACGGGAUUGCGGGUACUGUUGGCAAAUUUCAAUUAUGAAAGUGAACUGUAUCCAGAAUUCGAAAAAGUGACAAAAAAGCAUAAUUUGGAUGUUGAAGUGGCAGCCAGUGGAUUCACUUCACGUAUGGCCAAAGCAUACAACAAGGCUUUAGAAACUCUUCAAGACCAGAAAACCGAAGGGGAAUCAUCAACGGGCAGUGAUGAUGAUGAUGAUGAGGUGGAGAAAGAAGCGUCAUCUGAUGCUGAAAAUACGGAGCAAGAAUCGGAGGAAAAUGUGCAUAAUGGUGCUGAUUACAGGAGGUUAGCACUGGGUAAAUUUACCCAAAUCAUUUUCUCGCCUUAG